CGGCGGCGGCGAGCGAACCGGGGCGGUGCAGCGGGAGGGGAACAAUGGCGGCGCUCUAGGUUGGACUGUGCGUCUGGCUUAACGGGCCGCCGAGCCGCGCCAGUCCCACAAUGGAUGGGGGAGAUGGUACUGCUGACCUUGUGAUUAACAAGAGGUUUGUGUCUGAAGCGGAGCUAGAGGAACGGCGAAAGAGGAGGCAAGAGGAAUGGGAAAAGGUCCGAAAACCUGAGGAUCCAGAAGAAUGCCCAGAAGAAGCAUAUGACCCACGUUCACUGUAUGAAAGACUUCAGGAGCAGAGAGAAAAGAAACAGCAGGAGUUUGAGGAACAAUUUAAAUUCAAAAACAUGGUAAGAGGCUUAGAUGAAGAUGAGACACAUUUCCUUGAUGAGGUUUCUCGGCAGCAAGAGCUAAUAGAAAAGCAACGAAGAGAAGAAGAGCUGAAAGAACUGAAUGAAUACAGAAGCACUCUCACCAAAGUGGGAGUCAGCACGGACCCAAAGAAGGAAACUGAGAAGAAAUUGCCCAUGAAGUCAGUAGAAAAUAAGAACAAAUUCUCUCAGGCAAAGCUGUUGGCAGGAGCUGUGAAACACAGAAGUUCGGAUGGUGGUAACAGCGUGAAGAGGUUGAAACUAGACACUGACCAUGAGGAGAAAAAUCAAGAAAAACCAUCCGGUGUUCCCUUGGGGAGCAGCUCAGUGGGAGGCUCCACAGUCCACUGUCCCUCAGCAGCAGUGUGUAUUGGGAUCCUGCCUGGCCUGGGCGCCUACUCGGGAAGCAGUGAUUCGGAGUCCAGCUCGGAUAGCGAAGGCACUAUUAAUUCCACUGGAAAGAUCGUCUCCUCUGUUUUUCGUAGCAACAGUUUCUUUGAUGGUCCAUAACAAAAUCCCUCCAUGUGUAAUGUAGUGUGGAGUAUCUUCCAGAGCCCUGGCGGAUGCUUGAUGCAUCCUUCUGUCCCAAAUAUAAUCUUCCUAGCUAACCUUUCAACUCUAAACCUUGGUACCCUCAGAUUCUUCUAAAAUAACCCACUGAAUCCUUUCUUUUUUCUUUCUUUUUUUCUUUCUCUCCUUCUUCAUUUCUUCCCAACUUUCCAUUUCUGGGGUGCAUACUGAGCCUGAGAGAAAGGUUGCUACCCUAAACCAGAGGGCACAUCUACUAAUGUAAUCAAGGUCUGGGGAUCAGGAGGAGAAGGCCUUAUCUUUUAAAUUUCUAAAGGAAAGAAAUUUUUUUUCUGGUGAUCUAAGAAGUUUAUACAAGACUAACAGGCAAAAAAUAUUCACUUGAAGCACUGAAGUCUUGUAGAAACAGCCAUGUGUUCUGUUUUAAAAUGUCAUUUUUAUUCUGUAUUUGAGAAAUGGGGGCAGAAUAAAAAUCAAGCAGAUGGUGAAGUGUAGAUUGCCAUGACACUGUAAAGAAGUUUUAGUGUUACAUGAUUAAAGACAUUCUGAAUGCA